UGCGCCUGCUUUGCUUUCCCUACUUGAGGAGCCAUAGCUGUGUCUUUUCCCUCAAUUCAUCAUCCUCGCCUACCUCAAAGUUAUUAUCGUUGGCACCUACCUCUCUCUCUCAUGGAUCCAUCCAAAGAGAUCUCGCUCGAGAUCUUCCCCUACAUCAGAGUCUACAAGGACGGCACCUUCGACCGCCUCGCCGGCUUCGAGAUUGCCCCGCCCGGCCUCGAGCCUGACACCCGAGUCGAGUCCAAGGACGUCCUCAUCCUCCCUGACAACGGCGUCUCCGCCCGAAUCUACCGCCCCUCCACCGUUUCUGCCACCACGAAACUCCCCCUCGUCAUCUACUUCCACGGCGGGGCCUUCAUCAUCUCCUCCAUCGCCGACCCCAAGUAUCACUUCUGCCUCAACGCCCUUGUCGCGGAGUGCAACGUCGUCCUCGUCUCCAUCGACUAUCGCCGAGUCCCUGAUCACCCCCUCCCCGCGGCCUAUGACGACUCUUGGGCUGCUCUGCAGUGGAUCGCGUCGGAGGAAGCCCAGAGUGAGCCAUGGCUCAGGGAGCGUGCCGACUUCGACCGCCUAUUCCUUGUUGGCGACAGCGGCGGCGCCAACAUGUCGCACCACUUGGCCAUGCGACUCAGGGAUGACGUGCUGGGCGAGCGGGUCAAGCUCUCGGGGAUCGGGAUGAUACAACCGUACUUCUGGGGCGAGAAGCCGAUCGGGGUGGAGGUGGUUGACCCAGGUCGGAAGGCUUGGGUGGACAGGACGUGGCGGUUCGUGUGCUUGUCGGACAAGGGGUGCGACGACCCGCUGAUCAACCCGUUUGCGGACGGGGCCCCCGGCGUGGACGGGCUGGCGUGCAAGAAGGUGCUGGUGAUCGUGAGCGAGAAGGACAUACUGAGGGACAGAGGGAGGCUGUACUACGAGAAGCUGGUGGAGAGCGGCGGGCCGGCGGCGGCGGAGUUCGUGGAGAUCGAGGGCGUGGAUCACGUGUUCCACAUCUACGAUCCGAGCUGCGAGAAGGCCAAGAUGCUGUUCAAACGCGUGGCCUCGUUUAUCAACAACAGUGAUGGCGAAGGUCACGAGAGAGAGACUGAUGGAGUGAAAGGUGCAUGAAACCAUGGGGGGCGUUUUCCAAGUUUUUCUCGUUGACUUUGCCUACCGCUCCUAAAUUCUCUUGUGGAGGUGAAAAAAGUGAUCGUCGAUGCCUUCUAGGCUAAAGUAUUGUGGGUAACUUCCGCGACUUAAGAUGGUUUUUACUAUUUAUUUGCUGUUUAUUGGUAUUGACAUUUGUAAUCUCCGACUCUACCUGCCGGAUAAGAGACAUGUUAUGCCAUAUUCUUGCUUUCGUAAGAAAAUUCGAGCUUCACAUUUUUAUUAAGGAAGCUGGAUGCAUAUCGGUCA